AUGUCUGCGUGGAUUCAGCUUCUCUCGGUUGUACCUUUGGAUACGCCAUGCUCGUUGACGGCGCCUGUAAAACUGCAAAUUACCUUUGAAGCCUAUGAAGAUUUGCCGGAUCGUAAGUUAAAACAGUGUUUUAUAAGAAAAAGGGUUUAUUUUGGUUGUAAAUUAUAGUUUUCUAUGAUAUUUAUUGCUUAUUAAUAUUUUUUUAGCCGUUGAAUGGGAAAUGAUGUUUGCUUGGGAUGGAGAUGUUAAACAUGAUCAAGUUUUGGAGUCUGUUGACGUUGGACCAAUUAAAGGUGGCAAACAUCAAUUUGUGUUUGAGGUAAAUUAUAUUUUUUAUUGAUAUUUGAAGUUUAGAGCUAAAAGUGCGUCAGCAAUUGAAAUUUUUUUAAAAGGUAUCGGCCGUCGACCGCUUUUGCUUAUAGGACAGGUGGUGAAUUAAAUAGCUUCCCAAAAAGCUACAUUCACUUUCCUUGACGUUAUAGCUCUCUAAUAAUCAAAUUAUAGGCCAAUCCACCAGACUACACUAAAGUUCCAGAUGAGGACCUCACGGAUGUCGCUGUUCUGUUUCUCCGAGUCAAAUAUCAUGAUCAGUUGUUCUCGAAAGUUGCCUUCUUUGUCUCUCACUACUACACAGAUGAAGAAUUGUUGAAAGAGCCUCCAGUCAAGCCGGUUUUAGAAAAGUUGGAACGCAGUAUUCACCUUGAGGAUCUUCGUGUCACCAACAUUCCAAUCAAGUGGAGAGAACAAGAUGAAUUGCUUCCAAGUAAGUUUAAUGUUGUUUUUAAAAGCUUCACGAGGUAUUGUUUGUUUAUUAUUUAACGUAAAAAGUAAUACACUCACUUUGGAAUGUGUAAAUUCAAAGCUUUUUUGGUGGGUAACAUCAUUAAUCUUUUUUCAAAAGUUAAAACUUUCAGAAUCCGAAGGAGACGAAGAAGUGGAAGAACCAGAAGAGGAAGGUAUGGAAGACGUUGCUGUUUUUACCGCAGAGCCAGAUUCUACCACAGUUUUGGGCUCAGAGCAACAAGAAACAGUUCCAGAAGACCCAGUAACCGAGAAAGUAGCAGUCGACUCAGAAAUGACCGAAGAACCAAAAGAAGCGUUUGCCGACAAGACUAACGAAUAA